UUGGCCGGCUUGGCUUCUUGGCUUCUGAAGGUAGCAGCGGUAGCAGUCGCGUCGUAGCAGUUGCCAUGCCAUUUACAAACAAAUGGCAACGAUUGCACCUCGUUGCGCACUGAAAAGAUGCGGCCAACGCGGCUGUGAAUGCGACGGAGUCCAUCAUCUGCCGGUCGUCCAUAGUCACCCCAGCCAUGGCCUCAGUAAUCCUAUGGAUCACGCUUUCAUCCCUUUCGCUGGCUGCUGGGAACUCCACACUUGGUUUCAUCCAGCUCAGUGAUCAGAGCUGCUCGACCGGCUGGAAUUGUUACAGGUUUGCCAAGGGAAGCUUCUGCCAGGACGGUUUUUGUGUUUGUCGCUUCGGCCACAGCUUCGGGCUCAGGAACGGGCGACUCCAGUGUGUAGGCGGCUUAACGUUUGGAGAAUCCUGCUCUGACCAGCGGCCGUGCUCAACCAUUUCUCGGACCUUUUGCUACAAUGGGACUUGCCUUUGCGAGGAGGACUACGUCUUCUACGAAGACCGGUGUGAGAGACAAGCCAUGUUCUCAAAGCAUGACGUGGAUUCCUACGUGAGCCCUCCCACCAGAUUCAACCUCCUCACCAUCCUCAUCAUAGUUGCCAUCCUGGUCGUGGCCCUCCUGUUCCUCGUCAACAAAAGAAGCCUGUUCUUCUACUUCCCCUGCUGCAUGAGGGACACCGUCAACAUUCCGGGCAUCCUGCAAGCUGAGAGCGGGGCUAUUACGAAUCAUCCGGUCAACGCCGGCAUUCUCGGACCCGCUGCAUCCCAGGCUUCCUUACAAGCAGCUCAGCAUCAAGACAAGCCCCCUUCUUACAUGGAAACUGUUCUUAAUGUGCAGUACCUUCCAUCGUACCAAGAAGCGGCAAACCUGCCACCAUCACCGAAGCCAUCGUGACUCGGCAAUUCUUCUCAGAUCUGGAUAACAACCAAGAAACAACAUGAACAGGAGCCAUGACACCGUCGAACCUAUCGUGUCGGCAAUUCCGGUGACACCUUUACUCCACAACCGUGUUUCGGCGACCGUACCGCACUGGGCGAAUGUACAAGUGCCACUUUGAAUCUCUCGAGAACCUCAACCGCAAGCAUCGAGAUCAGCACCAGGACGUGACUUCGAAGAUCGACAACAAAGUUUAUCGGUCGUUUGUUUCAUUAGCAAGAAUGGCUCGUUGUACGAUGUUGCCCGUAGGACUUUCUCAUGUCGCAGUUUAGGUGUCGCACGUGCGACAUGUUGUGCGUGCAUUUGUGAUGCAAUGUUUAUUGCGAGCAGGUGUGGGUGUUGACCCUGAAUGCGAGCAACUGCAUAGCUUGCAGUCCUUGGACACAACUGUGGUAGGUGUUUUUGAUGCGCCGCUUUAUUAGCGUGCAGUUUGUCCCCAUGAGGGACACGUUUUGUAUGGUUGUGCUGCGUUUUGUUUGUGCGACACGAAUUAUCCCGGUUUUUUUCCGAGUGUUGAAGCACCUUUGCAUGCUUUUCCCAACCGCAUAUUUAUUAUUCCAGACAGUUGUCACUGCAGUGUCGUUUAUGUGGCAGGCAACUUUGUACAAAGCACGUCUGCAUCUUGGGCAUCACUCGCAGCAGGUCUCGUCACUUUUGAAAGAAGUUCAAACGCGAGAUCACAUUCCAUAUUGUUUUGUACAGAGUACGAGAUGGAAAGAGUUCAACGAGGAAAGCUGACGUCCGUUGUUUUGAAAGUUUGCAAGUACGUUUGUCGUCACGACAGUCUACGUCUACAAAUGUGUAAAUAUUUUUGCAUAGUAUCGUUGUCUGUUGCCCAUACUACUUUCAAAGCAGCCGGUACAUUACUGGUUAGAACAAGUAUAUACUAGUUUCUUCACUGCAGAAGUUUCCUUAGAACCCAGCGCACACCAUAGUUUUUCUAUUCGCUGCCACCUCGAAGGGCAGUCUUUUACCUCAAACACCCGUUGGCACGGGUUUCAUCACAGUACAUUUCUAUGCAAAUACGUCUAGGCAUUCCGAGAUUACAUAGCUGCACGCGAUACACAAGUAGCGCACAAGCUUGGGAGACAUAAGGUGUCCGACAAGAAACAGCCACCUUCGAAUAGACCGCAAAAGUCAUUGUCUAGAAAAAAGCAUGCUGCACUUUUAUCUCGAGGGAGAAGCAGUUGCACUGACAGUGAAAUUUCAGUGUAAAAAAUGAAAGACGUUUACAAAUCUCUGCAAUAUGAAAUUAGAGCACAGCUCUAGAGGAGGAGGGUAUGCCCUUCCUCCUCCUGCACAUUUUCCCCUUUUCCCCCUAAAUUUAGCUGAAAAAUUUAUGCCACGUGUCCUCAACACCAAUUCAGUUUCCCCGCUAAAUUUAGCAGGGAAAAUGACGUCAUAUGAAUUGGUGUCACGUCAACUAUAAACACAUUCAGUUUCUCCGUUAGCUUUAGCGGUAAAAUUGAUGUUACGUGACCUCGACACCAAUUCAAUUCCCACCAAGGAAUUGAAUUGGUAUUGAAGUCACUUGCACCAAAUUUAACAGGGAAUAGAAUUGGUGUUGAGAUCACGCGACGUCAAUUUUCCCGCUAAAUUUAGCGUGGCUAUGUCGACGCCGCGGAACCCGGAAACGGGCGCCUAAGAGCUGCGCUCUAAAAUGAUAUCUUGCCUCUUGGCGGUGAGAAAGAAAAAUAUUGCUAGUAGCGUCUAAUGCUUGAAGAGUAGUCACAGCCAGAGCACUCUUAUGGAAUAGUGCUAGUGGUUCUUGCAGACAAAACUUUAAAGUUUCUGUUGGUUAAGGCUCGUGCCAAGUCCCACUACCGAGGAUAUCAAAUACUUUUUCAAAAUCUACAUUUUCCAGUCUACAGUUUAUGCCGGUGACAAAUUUCUUAAUGGUGCACAACAGUAUUCUCUUGGGACUGUCACUCAAAACAACAAUACCAUUCAAGCUUCCAGAUUUUUAUUAUAAAUGGAAACAAGCUUGAAAACAUUGGUUUGGUAUUCAACAUUGUAACGCAAGAUUGAGUGCUAAUGCGUGUCCGCUGCGGAAGCUAUGGCAUGCCUUGCAUGGCUGCCAAUUUUCGUUCGUUCAACAUUGGUGGUUUCACUGUAGAUUAAAGCGCCCAUCGAAGCGGUUUUUGCCCAUUUUGAUCCACAAAUGAUGCAGACGGGUAUAUCUAGGCACACAUUUCCCUACUUGUUUUUAUUAUGGUGUUUAAAUUUUACUCUUGUUUAAGUAUGCAUGCAAUCUCAUUUAUUUUGCCUGUGGCCUUUAAGCAAUAGAAUAAAAGGUUCUUGUUGGCUAGA